UUAUUAAAUAGAAAUAGUUUUUUAUAUAAGCCGGGCUUUGUAGUACAAAUAUUACAACAAAUUCGUAUUAAUUAUUUUUAUAAACGCGAUACAUUAGCAUCUAGUUCUUCAAAAAAAUAUAAAAAUUAUGAGCGUGGGAAAAGUCAAUAUAAUUAUUUCUUCAACAAAAAUCAAAAUAGAUUUACAAAAUUAGCUGCUGUGUUAGGAUUAACAUUAGCAUUAUGCAAUUCUCCCGAUAUGACUGCUCCAAAAUUAUUAAAAGCUGCACAACAAGGAAAUAUGACGGAGCUUAAUUUCUUAUUAAAAGAUAAGAUUGAUUUGGAUGUGAGGCAUCCCCUUGGGUGGACUCCUUUGAUGGCAGCCGCUGUUAAUGGCAAAACUAAUGCAGUUUUAGCAUUAUUAAAGGCAGGAGCUCAACCAAACCUUCAAGAAGAAUUCAUGAGCGUUCAUAAAACUGCAGAUUUACAUGGCUUACAUUUAUUAGAUGUUUUAGCAAAACGAGAAGAAGAAUUCUCAGCGAGAUUAAGCCAUCGUGCAUCAUUCCAGGGUUUUACUGCUCUGCAUUAUGCAGUACUGGUAGAUAGUUUUCCAACAGUAAAAGCUUUGUUAGACAAUGGUGCAGAUCCUCUAAUUGUGGAUCAUGCAGGAAGGGAACCUAUUCAUUAUGCAGCAGAAGGUGAAACAAAAAAAUUAUUGGCAUCUGUUUCUGAAAAGUUUAAGGAUCUUCAGAAGCAACGAGAAGUUGAAGAACGUAGAAGAUUUCCUUUAGAACAACGAUUAAAGCAAAAGAUUGUAGGACAACAAGGGCCAAUUGGUAUUGUUGGAUCAGCUAUCAGACGCAAAGAAAAUGGGUGGGCAGAUGAAGAACAUCCUCUAGUGUUUUUAUUUUUGGGUUCAUCCGGAAUAGGCAAAACGGAAUUGGCAAAACAACUUGCAAACUACAUCCAUAAAGAUAAACCAUCAGGUUUUAUUAGACUGGAUAUGUCAGAAUAUCAGGAAAAGCACGAGGUAGCUAAAUUAAUUGGGGCCCCUCCUGGAUAUAUAGGGCACGACUCUGGUGGUCAAUUAACCCAAAAAUUACGAAACUGUCCAAAGGCGGUGGUACUUUUCGAUGAAGUGGAUAAAGCUCAUCCUGAUGUACUUACAGUACUACUGCAAUUAUUUGACGAAGGCAGAUUAACCGACGGUAAAGGUAAAACGAUCGAAUGCAAAGAUGCAAUUUUUGUGAUGACUUCAAAUUUAGCCAGUGAUGAAAUUGCACAACAUGGCAUGGAACUGCGGAAAGAAGCUGAAAUAAAUGCUGCUAAAAAGCUUGGCGAAGGAGAUGUUGAGCCCGUCAGCGACGUAACUGUAUCGCGAUAUUUCAAAGAUAAAGUAGUUCGUCCAAUAUUAAAAAUGCAUUUUCAGCGAGACGAAUUUCUUGGGCGAAUAAAUGAAAUUGUAUAUUUUCUUCCUUUUUCAAGAACGGAAUUACUUACUUUAGUUGGACGAGAAUUAAAAUAUUGGGCGGAUAAAGCUCGAACAAAACAUAAAAUCGAACUAACAUGGGAUACAGACGUCGAAGCUCUUUUAGCGGACGGCUAUGAUGUGCAUUAUGGUGCUCGAAGUAUAAAAUAUGAGGUAGAGCGGCGUGUAGUGAAUCAAUUGGCAGCCGCCCACGAGCGCGGUGUGCUGACGCCCGGAGCUGCCGUUUUCCUUAAAGCUACAUCUAUUACUGACAACGGUUCUAUUAUGAUCUUGGUGAGGCCCAAAGGAAGCUCGGAGUACAUUGAAGUCAAGCCAGAAAAUAAACUUGUUGAUAUUCACGCAGUAUUUUAAUAUUAGGAACUUAAUACAAUGAUACCAAUUAGCAAAAUGGCACCCUUGUGAUACAUCAAUAAUUGUGGAAUGUACAACGAUAUAGCUUUGAAAUGUUUAUAAUA